AUGGCCAAAGUUAAAAAUAAACGCAAUGCUGGCUUAGCUGAUAAGGUUCAUAGGAAGAAAUCAGAAGGGGUUAAAAAAAAGUUAAAUCCAUUUGAAGUACAUAUAAAUAAAGAAAAACUUAAAGUUUUAGGAAAGAAAUCUAAACAUGAUCGUGGUUUACCAGGCGUUUCACGAGCUAAAGCUAUCCAAAAGCGCAAAGAAACAAUUGGAACAGAAAUGAAAUUGUUAAACAAGACAAAUACUUUUAUUGACCGUCGUAUUGGUGAAAAAAGUAACAAUCUCUCUGCCGAAGAUCGCAUGAUUGCGAGAUUUGCAGCAGAAAGAGCAAAGCAACACAACAAAAAGAGUAUUUAUAACUUAGCUGAUGAUGAAAUACUUACACACAGGGGACAAACAUUAGAGCAAAUUGAGAAGUUUGAUGACCCACGAUCUGAUGAUGAAGAUGAGGAUAAGCCUUUUGGUGGUUUGGAUGAUGAUUUUGUAUCAGAAGGCCAUUUUGGUGGUGGCAUUCUCUCAAAAACAGAAUCAAAAGAUGGGGCAAAAUCACAUAAAGAUUUAAUAGAACAACUUAUAGCCGAAUCAAAAAAACGCAAGGCUGAAAAACAAAAAGAAAAAGAACAAACAUUGGAUUUGACAGAGAAAUUAGAUAGUGAAUGGAAAGAUUUACAGCCAGUUGUGUUUAAGAAGCAGAGUGAAUCCUUGAUUGAUAAGCUCUUGGCCGAUGCUGAAAAAGGACAGGAUUAUGAUAAAAUGAUGAGAGAGCUUAAGUUUGAUAGGAGAGGGACUCCAUCAGAUGCAUUAAAAAGCACAGAAAAGCAGCAAGAAGAAGAGAGGAAGAAGUUAGAAGAGAUGGAGAAACAAAGACAACAGAGGAUGAUGCCAGAAGAAGAAAUGCCUAAAACCGCCAAACCCACAGUUAAACAUAGGUCUGCAGAUGACUUGGAUGACAACUUUGCUUUUGACGACGAGAAAGAGAUAAUGCUAGCAUAUGACAAGGAUGGCAAACCAUUAUUACCCGACCAUAUAUUGAAAGAUUAUAAUGUGCCUAAUGCAAAAAAGAAAUUUGAUGAUGGGGUAUCUGACACAUCUUCAGAGGAAGGUGAUGAAAUUAAUGACGAAUCGGGCAGCGAUAAUGAAGUAAAUGGUGAAGCUGACAGCGAAGAUAAUGACGAAGAUGAACAAAAAUUUGAAGAAAGCAAAGAAAUAGAUGAAAAUAGCAAUAAUGGGAGUGACCUAAAAGUGUUUGAAAGUGAUGGCGAUGACGACAAAAGCAACUCCAACAGUGAAGAGAAUGAGAAACUUGAAAGUUCCAGUGAAAAUAAGCGUAAACGCAAAAUAUCGUAUAGUGAAAUAAUACCUAAAAAGUUAAAACAAUAA